UUUCCGGGUUUUUUUCUGGAAAAGCGAUUGAAAAAUGAAUCCCUACGUGUAUCCACCAGCACCAUUACAUCAACCUCAGCAGUACCAGUACCAAGUACAGUACACUCAACAACAACCGUAUUACUACGUUCAACAACCUUCUGCUCAAGCGCAAGUUUUUCAAGCGCCACAACAGUAUGCACAAUACGGAGCUGUCCCUAAUCAGACUCCUCAAACAGCUGCUUCAGUAGGUCAGUAUCCUGUACAGGGAUAUACUCAAGUCGCUGGCGCACAGCAGUUUGUGGCAGCUAAUGCUCCGGGUCAAAAUGUUUUCACCGCAACUGUUCAAGUCAGUCAAGGCCACGAUCAGGCGACAGCACAAAAAAACGCGCCGAUCGCGAGUGAGGAGAGACCACCGCCAUUACCGCCGGAGCAGAUUGAUUCCUCUUCCGCUGCUCCUCCUCCUUUACCACCUGAGCCAGCACCUAAUUCUCUAUCAAAAGUUGAACAGCAGAUCACCGAAGCCCAGAAGAAGUAUCAGGAGAAGUACGCGGAAUGGCAGCGGCAGUAUGCCCAGUGGCAGGCUCAGCAUCAGAACCAUCCUGAUCAGAAGCAGUACCAAGAGUGGCAACAGCAGAUGAAUCAGUGGACACAGCAUAAUCAAACCUUAAUGCAGAUAAAAGGAGGAGACAAGCAGCCUCAGCCAAUUCAAAAUCAGGCAGCCGUAGGAAGUGUGUCUACUCCAGCUCAAGUGGGCACAGUCGUACAGCAGCAGCAAUAUCAACAAUAUCAACAACAACCACAACAUCAACAACAGCCACAACAUCAACAACAGCCACAGCAUCAACAACAGCCACAGCAUCAACAGCCACAGCAUCAACAGCCACAGCAUCAACAGCCACAGCAUCAACAACAACAGCAACAAAAUCAACAACAACAACAACAGUUGUAUACUCAGCAAACUCCCUUCAAUCAGCAACAACAAUUUGUUCACAAACAGCAUCAGCCUGUGCAAGUUCAAUGGCCACAAGGUAAUACUUCACAAAAUACCCCAAGCCAGUAUAACCAGCAACAAAAUCCAAAUUUUCUUAACCAGCAACAAUCACAACAGCAGCAACAAAGAUGGCAGUCACAAUAUGAUCAAACUAAAACAUUGAACUGGACACAAAAUCAGAACAAUAGAAACAGGCAGAGUUCUCAGAUUUAUAAUCAAGGUUCAUCAGUGCCAAAAAUCCCUGGUUUAAUGGACAUUCAGCCUAUUAGGCCUCAAAAUGACAGUAAAAUUCAACAUAAAAAUGAAUUAACAUCAGAGAACAGUCAUCUCCCAAAGUGGAUGCAGUUUUCUAAAGCCUCAGCUGGAACAAGUGAAUCAGAGCAAAGUUCAAGAUUGUCACAGAAAUCUGCUACAGCUGAAAGUAAACAUGUUCCCAAAUGGCUACAAUCUCAGCAGAGUUCUACAAAUCAGCAACAACAUCAAGGUGAUGAUGGUAUGCCCAGAUGGUUGAAAGAAAAACUUGAAAAAACUGAAUGGGAUGUGAAACAAGAUGCAGCAAAGAAAGCUCUCCAAACCAAGGAGGCUCAAAAGAAACAGAUUCCAAAAUGGUUACAGGAAGGGUCUUUGAAAAGUGAUCAAGCUGAAACUGUCUCUCAAGGGAAGCCAGUGCCAAACUGGCUUGGUAAUAGCAAACCUUUCCCUGUUGGUACCCAAGGAGAGGCUCACCAGACAAAACCUCAGAUACCAAAAUGGCUUCAGGCUAAAUUGCCUGCUGCUCCAGGAAAUACUGUGGGCCAAAUUACCCCAGGUGGAACUUCUACAAAAACAGCAUCUAAGUGGGAUAAAACAGAGAGAAAUACACCUUCUGGGACACUUGGUUUAAGUCCUGGUAACCUAGAUCCUCUGAAGGAGCUGGAGUUUUUACGCAAACAGCAAGAACAGCUUCAGCAACUUGAGAAACUGGAGAAACAACUGAAGCAGACAUCAACUGCACCCAGUGCUAUGGGAAAGUCAGAAUCAACCACCACAACAUCAUCAAGUUCUGUUAUAGCCAGUAGCCAAGCUGAAAAAGCAACAAAUGUUCCAUGGUUACAAUACAGUCUUGCAGGCCAGGAAAAUGAUAAAUCAAGUGCUAAAGAUCAUACUAAAGGUAGCACUGUAAGAAAUUUAAAGUCUACUGGAAAAAAGCAACCAUGCAGGUUCUUCCCUCAUUGCCGUUUUGGGAAUAGUUGCAAAUUUCAACAUCCUCCUUGCAAAUAUGGUGUGAGAUGUGAGGAAGAUAGCUGCAUAUUUGAUCACAGUGAAUAUUCUUCAAAUGAACAACAUGCAGAGGAAUCACAGUACCAAGGUAAUUUUCCGGAUGAGUCUGAGUCACAAAGCAAGGGUAUUGUAUCAUUAACUGGUCAAGGAGAUCAAAUUCCUGGUAUUGGAGAUGGUGAAUUUUCGAUAGUGCCAGUGCAAACUUCAGAUAAAACUGAAGAAGGAGAUGGAGAUAGCAAAAGCAUAGAUAAUUAUCAAAGCAGCAAUUAUCAUCAAUCACAAGGUGAUUACAUGAAUGUUGAAAGUGAUCGACACCGAGGAGAAGAACAGCUACAGGUUUCAGUGGAAGGAGAACAGUCUGUUCCUACUGAAUCAAAACACAAUGAAACAGAACAUUUUCAGCAGUCUGAAUAUCAUGAGCAUGGCUGGGGUCAAAGAGAUGAUUGGGAUAGACCACAACACUUUGGGGAGAGACACCCAAGGGAUGCCCUUCCUUGGGAUAAAGAGAAACCCCAUCAAGAUUCAGAUAGGCCCCCACCACCUCUGGGUGAUGGGUUUUUGGGGUGGGAUAGAGAGCAUCCUCCCACAAACAGAGAUGGGAGGCCACCACCUCCAACAGAGGGGGAGUAUCAUGAUAAAGACUUGGACAGAAGAGACUGGAGACCACCAGGAAAUAGGUAUGACAGUAGACCAAGACCACCUUCACCAAGAAGUGAAAGGGACUUUGGACCUUUUAGGCAUGAUAGAGAUAGGCCACCUCCUUUCCCACCAGGCAAUCGUGAUACAGGACCUUGGCCAGAUCAGCCAGGUGGAAGACCUCCUUUUCCAAGGGAUGACUGGGAUAGAAAAAUCCCCUUCCCAAGAGAUAGACCUCCCUUUCCAGUGGAUCUUCAAGAACAUCCUCAAGAACAGUACGGCAGAAGGUCUCCAUCAGAAAGACGCAACUGGGAAGAGCAACCACCUUUAGUAAGUGGUGUGGAAGAUCAGAGGCCACCCUUUAGGGAUGUAAAGGAAGGAGGACCCCCUGUGUUAGGAACUGAGCCUGAUCAUAGACCACGUGACAUUGGUGCCAUUGAUGCCUUCUCAAAACAAGAUGAACAAGACAAGGAGGGACAUCAGAUACCAAGAGAGCCCACUGAUAAAGUACCACCAGAAAUGGAAGGGAGAGACAAACCACCGUAUCUAAGAGAUGAGCGACCCCGCCCUCCCUCCCCUGGAUGUGAUUGGGACAGACCACCUUUCCCACGAGAUCAUUGGGACCGUCCUCCUUUCCCUAUAGAUGAGUGGGACAGGCCCCCUUUUCCUAGAGAUGACAGGGAUCGACCUCCUUUCCCUAGAGAUGAGUGGGAUCAUCCUCCUUUCCCUAGGGAUGAUAGGGAAUGGCCACCUCAUGCUAGAGAGGAAAGAGAUAGACGUCCUUUUCCUAGAGAUGAAAGAGAUUUUCCAUUUCCACCAAGAGGUGGCCGAGAUCGUUGGCCACCACCUCUGAGGGAUGAAAGAGAGAGAUGGCCUCCCUUUCCUCCAGGAGAAAGGGAUGACUUUGGAUGGUCCUCAAGAGAACAUGGUCCACCAGAGAGUCCACCGAGGGGCAGAGAUGGGCAUAGAGGGAGACACCCAUUUGAUGAAGAUGAGAGAAGAAGACGCAUGUCUCCACCUCCUCGGCCACUAGUUGAUCACUUCAGAAGGAGACAAUCUCCACAUGGUGAUGAGUUUAGAGGCAGGCCUCCACCUCCUGAGGAGUUUGAUCGUUUUGAUCGCCCUGUACCACCACCAUGGGAUAGGGAGAGAAGAGACUGGAGAAGACCUCCUGAAGAAGAGAGGUUUAGAGACCUACCCCACCCAGUUGAUAGGUGGAGAAGGUCACCUUCACCUCACAGAGAACUUCCAGAUCGCUUUCCUCCUGAUCGCCCCAGAGAGUGGGAAAGAGAUGGCAGACGAGGACCAGAUGAUAGGUUUUAUGAUGAGCGACCUCCUCCACACAGAUUGCCUCCAAUGGAUGAUCACUACAGAGACCGACCUCGAUACUCAGAGGACCAUUCCCUACAUGACCCUGCUGCCUACCCACCACGCCCUAAUGACGGUAGACAUCCGACUGAGGCACCACGGAUGGAGAAGAAACCGGAGACUGUUCCAGUUGAGAGCAUCUUGGACCCUCCAGGGCGUGACUCCAGACCAGACAGGAUUGUUAUUAUUCUUAGGGGACCCCCAGGGAGUGGAAAGACGCAUGUAGCCAGGCUUAUCAAGGACAAGGAGGUGAACAACGGAGCACACGCACCAAGAAUCCUGGCCUUGGAUGAUUACUUUUUGAUGGAAGUGGAAAAAGUAGAAGAAGACCCGGAGACCGGAAAGAAAGUUAAGAAGAAGGUAACAGAAUAUGUGUUUGAAGAAGAGAUGGAGGAAGCUUACAGGGCUAGUCUGUUUAAAUCAUUUACUAAGACACUGGAAGAUGGAUUCUUUCCUGUGGUGAUAGUCGACGCUAUUCAUGACAAGGUUGAACAUUUUGAGAAAUACUGGAGCCACGCAAAACAAAAAGGUUUCGAGGUUUAUGUUGCUGAGUUAAUGGCUGAUGCACAUGCGUGCGCUAAGCGAAACAGUCACAAUCGGACGUUUGAGGACAUCAAUAAGAUGGUAUCCGCUUGGGAAGAGACACCGGUCCAUCAUCUGAGACUUGAUGUACGAUCACUGUUGCAAGAUGCUGUCAUCACCGAGGUUGAGAUGGAGGCAGCAGAUGAAUCAGCUGUGGCGGCCAGUUCAGAAGAAAUGGAAAAACAGCAGGAACCAAUGGAGGAAGAAGAGUCUGAGAUACAGGUGCCUUCGCGCAGCAAAUGGGAAGAAAUGGAGCCGGCUGAGGACAAACUGAAUAAACUUGAUGGUAUCCGUCCCAUGAAAAGCAAGAGGAAACGAGAAGAGUCGCCGCCAUUGCAUUUGAGUGAUGACGAUGACCCGUAUGAUGAACGUGAAGAAGACAUGCGCAUUGGAAAGAAAAGGGUUCGGUGGGCGGACCUGGAAGAGAAGAAAGAGUUAGAACACAGACGAAGGAUCGGUUUUUGUAUAGGUACCGACUGGAGCUUGUUAACGGAUCCUCACGCGGAAAUUCCUCGUAUGUAGGGAUAGAGUAUGGUACCAGUGAAGAAUCGUCCAGGCUUGUGGAGCGCCCAUCAGAAGAUCAGGACAAGAAAUCAGACAAAGUUCGUUGGGACUUCUUCAUUUAAGCCUGUACUCCUUAAUAUCAGUCCUUCAAUACAAUGUUUUUAUGUCAUAAUGCUGUUUUCCUAUCUCUCAUAUUGAACUUUAAUCUAGAUUCCCAUUAAGAGAAUCCAGAAAAAUCUUUCGAUUGAUCAUUCGUCAUGGCCAGAGGUUUGAUGAACUGCAAGUAAAUGAACCUCUAUAAUAACUUCAUUUUAAAUCUUAAAAACCAAGUUUUCCCACAAACAGUAAAAAAGGUUAAUUAGUGUGCAUAGUUGAUAAGAAUGUUUCAUAGAUUUUUUAAUAAAUGUAAGAAACGUUGUGUGGUUUGUUGAAUUCCACGAGCAAAAUGAUUAA